AUGAACCCUGUGCUGCGCAUGCUCAGCUUCAGCCUGACCUGGCUGCUGUGGGCGCCGCAGUGGCUGGCCUGCUGGGCUUAUUUUACAAUGGUGUGCUGGGCCACCCUGGUGUCAGUGGGCCUGCUGUUCAGGCGCCAAGUGGGGCUGCUGCGGCAAGGGCAGACCUACCUGGACACGCUGAGCCAGCAGCAGCAGCAGCAGCAGGAUGAGCAGGCAGCACCCACAGCACCGCCAGCAGCGCCUACAGCAACAGCGGCAGAAGCACCCAUGCCGUCAAGCGCACUGGCGACGCCAGCAGCACUACCACUGCCGGCAAUGCUGCCGGCCAUGCACCAUGUGCGGCAUGUGUUUGGUGGCCGCCAUCCGCUCACCUGGCUGCUGCCUGCCUGGGAGGUGCCGCCAGCAGAGGCUGGCCGGCGGGCAAAGGUCAGCUAG